UUUGUGGCACCAUCCAGGCGGGAAACGCAGCGACAUCUCGCUUUAAACUUUAGACAAAACAAGACAAAACCAUUCCUGUCGUCCGUAUCCUUCCGUUGUUAUUCGCAGAGAACUGAAAGUAACGAAUUGCGGCGCUCAGAGGUGACGGACGGACGCACGGUUUCCUCACGGCGAUCAGUCAGAGCUUUAACAAACACAUCAUCCGUACUUCCUGUUGUGUUUUUGUCUAACCGAGCGUCUCUUCAGUCUCUGUCUCAGGCUGACGGCGAGCUGUCCGGCCUGCCGACGCCCGACUCCACCCCGGAGCUGCCCAUCAAGAACAUGAAGGCGCUGCGGCACCAUCAGUACGAGAAGAACCAGAACUGCAACAACGCCAAGGACAACCCCGCCUCCGGGCCCAGCGGCGCCGGAGCCGGUCUGGGCUUCAUGGCCGUUGUCGGGAACUCCGUGACCCAGCAAGCGUUUCCCUUCUCUCAUCACCACGGCAACAGUUUGACUAACGGGACGGCUCACGGAGCGGGAGCCUCGUCGACUUCUCUGCACCUGCCAGAGGAGAGGAAGAUCCUGAGUGACGAGCGAGCGGCGGCAGCGGCAGGAGGAGGCGGCGGCGGCGUCCCUCAUCACCACCACUCCCAGCAGUCCCUCCCCCAGACGGUGGUGGACGUGUCGGCGCUGGACGAGCUGCUCAAACACAUCCACGAGGUCAGCGCGUCGGGGACCGGCGGUAUCAAGGUCCUCACCCCCACCUCCUCGUCCUCCCUGUUCCCCGGGCCGUCCUCGUCCUCCUCCGGGGGACAUCAUCACGGUCACCACCAUCAUCACCAUCCCAGUAACCACCAUGGCCACACCCGCACGCACCACUACAACCACAGCCAUCACCAUAGCAACCACCACAAUAAUAACAGCAGCAGCAGCGGUGGCGGCGGUCACCAUCACCAGCAGCAGAUCCCCGAGACAGAAUCCGCUCCGUACUACAGCACCUCCACGCUGCCGAGGGACGGACUCCCCAAACGCCUCGACGCUCCCACUCAGAGCUCCACCUCGUCCUCCUCCUCGUCCUCCUCCUCCUCCAACAACCCCACCUCCUCCACCUCCAUCCCUUCGUCCUCCUCCUCCUCGUCCUCCACUCCGCUUCAGCAGCAGGUCAUUCCGGAGAGACCCGGAGGAAGCGGCGUCUCGGUGGCGCGUCAUCACUCCCAGCGGCACUCGCUCAUUAAGAUGGGCAGCGGGGGCGGCGCCGUGCCUCGCCACCACAGCUUCAACCAGCGGGGGCCGCAGCACGCACACUUUCUCGCCAGGAUGAACACCAACAGCAGCAGCAACGGCCCGCCAACCGCUGCGGCGGAUACCAAUGGCGAAAGCCAGCGGCCGUCCAUCGCCAGCACCUGCCUGACGCGGCAGCACAGCUACAGCGAGGGGCCGCACGUGCAGCGGGCGGCCAUUGUCCGCAGAACGGCGUCGCUCAAACCCCAAGUCCCGCCAAAACCUCUGUUCCUCCCUAACACGGCAACGUCAAUGGUCGCAGAGGCGGGAAAAUACAACUACUGAGGCCGUGGGAGGAAGUGGCGCCAUUCCAACACAUCCUCGCCAAAGUGAGAGCGCUGAUGGGACACAAAAGAGACUUCAGAGCUGUUUGUCCCCGUCGCUCCUCGUCAUGACCCCUCAGGACGCCGCUGCCGCUCUGAG